UCGCAUGCCCCAAGAACCACCAACAGCGACACUCACGUAAAGAAACAAAAGCACCAUUACUAGCUUAGUUUAGUACAGCCCCCGCUGUGCCUGAAUUCUGACAUUUUGCGCCUAAAAAAAUUAAAAUUUCAACGAAAAAAAGAAAUUUUAACUUCAAAAGACACGCUGACCAAAUUAAAAUUAAUCGUGUGUUGGAGGGAGUUGCAGGAGGUGGUGUGGCGGAGGAGCGUUCUCCAAAGCCUGCACUACAAUGGCCGGCAUGUGACCUGUGCUCUGUUCCCCUCCUUAACGAAAAUCUUCUUACUAAGAUUUCUCAUCUUCUUUUCCAUCAAUGUCUGCCGCCGGAUAUAGCCGCUCCCAGAGAGCCUCUUCCACUGUCUCGCCCUUUCGUUCCCGGAAGUCCCCAUCCGCGCCGCCGCCGGUCGCAAAAUCCUUAGGGAGACCCACUACUCCGUCUUCGAUCACUUCGUCUAGGCCUUCACGGAAAUUGGCUAUCUCUCCAGCCAGUCCAAGCCCGUCAACCCUUGACCGGCCCGAGGUUAGCAAGGCAAAGGAGAAUGUCACCGUCACUGUCAGGCUUCGACCCCUCAGUGCCCGAGAAAUUCAUAAAGGAGACGAGAUAGCGUGGUAUGCAGACGGGGAUCAUAUAGUGAGAAACGAGCACAAUCCUUCCGUUGCCUAUGGAUUUGAUAAGGUGUUUGGGCCUGCAACAACUACUCGGCAUGUAUAUGAUGUGGCUGCUCAGCAUGUUAUCAGCGGUGCCAUGGAAGGAAUUAAUGGCACUGUAUUCGCAUAUGGUGUUACUAGCAGUGGCAAGACACAUACCAUGCAUGGUGAGCAAAAGUCACCUGGAAUUAUCCCACUUGCAGUGAAGGAUGUCUUUAGUAUUAUACAAGAGACACCAGGACGAGAAUUCCUACUUCGUGUGUCUUAUCUUGAGAUCUAUAAUGAGGUCAUUAAUGACUUGCUGGAUCCUACUGGGCAGAACCUAAGAAUAAGAGAAGAUGCUCAGGGGACUUAUGUUGAAGGAAUCAAGGAGGAAGUUGUGCUAUCCCCUGCUCAUGCCCUUUCCUUGAUCGCUACUGGAGAAGAGCACAGACAUGUGGGUUCUAAUAAUUUCAAUCUGGUCAGUAGUCGAAGCCACACCAUAUUCACCUUGACUAUUGAAAGCAGUACUCGUGGGGAAAACAUAGGGGAAGAAGAUGUGACACUGUCCCAUUUGCACUUAAUUGAUCUUGCAGGAUCUGAAAGUUCUAAAGCUGAAACAACUGGGAUGCGAAGGAAAGAGGGUUCAUAUAUUAAUAAAAGUUUACUUACUCUUGGAACGGUUAUUUCUAAAUUAACAGAUGGAAAGGCAACUCAUAUUCCAUAUCGAGAUUCAAAACUCACUCGUUUAUUGCAGUCAUCCCUCAGUGGUCAUGGACAGAUUUCUCUCAUCUGCACUGUUACGCCUGCCUCUAGCAGUAGUGAAGAGACACACAACACGUUGAAGUUUGCAUCUCGAAGUAAGCAUGUUGAAAUCAAGGCUUCUCAAAACAAGAUUAUGGAUGAGAAGUCUCUGAUAAAAAAAUAUCAGAGGGAAAUACAUGAUUUAAAGCAGGAGCUUCAGCAGUUGAAGCGUGGUAUAUUGCAGAAUCCCAAUGCUGCUGUAUCUUCACAAGAAGAUCUGGUUAAUUUGAAGCUUCAGCUGGAAGCUGGCCAGUCCAAAUUGCAGUCAAGAUUGGAAGAGGAGGAACAGGCUAAAGCAGCUUUGAUGGGAAGAAUUCAGCGACUGACCAAACUAAUAUUGGUUUCUACAAAGACUGCAAUGCCUUCAAACAUUCCUGAAAGGCUUGGCCAUAGGCGUAGGCAUUCUUUUGGGGAAGAUGAGUUAGCAUAUCUUCCAGAUAGAAAACGUGAUAAUUUGAUUGAUGAUGACCCUGGAAGCCAUGCUUCCGAGCCUUCAGUUGAAGGAAAGGAUGAUGUUAACUUAGAUGAGUUGAUGAAGGAUUAUAAAAGGAACAAAAGACGGGGAAUGCUUGGUUGGUUCAAGUUGAGAAAACCUGAUCAGGGGGGGUUAUCACCAAAUUUUGAUAGUGAGAGCCCCACAAAUGUGUCCCCUGCAUCAUCUUUAAAACAAUUGCCAAAUAGAGUUUUGCUUCAUGACAUGAAAGACUCACGCAGGAAUUCAAUCAGCACAAGGGACAAUGCUUUAGCUUUUAAUUCCUUUCCUUUUAGAAAUCAAGCCGGAGACUUGUUUAGUGAAACUAUCAGAGGUCGUCAAAUUCCUUGGACUGGGAGCACAAUGACUGAUCAAAUGGAUCUCCUUCGCGAACAAGUAAAAAUGUUGGCUGGAGAGGUGGCACUAUGUACCAGUUCUCUGAAACGACUUUCUGAACAAGCUGUUGGCGGUCCUGAAGAUUCACAGCUGCGAGAGCACAUGCAGAAGUUGAAGGAUGAAAUUAGCCAAAAGAAAGACCAAAUCCGUAUUCUGGAGCAGCGUAUGCUAGAACCACUUCGGAUGACAGCAUUUGCACCGAAUAACAGUGACAUGUCUGAGGCUCUGGCCAAGGUUACCUCUGAGCUCAAUGAAAAAAUUUUCGAACUUGAGAUCAAGUCAGCAGACAAUAGGAUACUUCAAGAGCAACUGCAGUCUAUGAAUUUGGAAAGUGCUGAUAUGCAAGAUACUAUUCUUAUGCUAAGGCAACAGCUAGAUCUAUUGAAGAAUAAAACCUCAGAUAAUUAUCAACCAUUGGCCGAAAGUGAGACUGAGCCACAUAACAUGUGUUUUGAAGUGAUGUCGGAAGAGACUCAUGAACCUUCUAGCGUCGCAAACUCAAAUAUUCAGGAGCACUCCACGCAGGGCAGCAGUAAUUCCAUUUAUAGUUCUCAGAUUCUUAUGCAGGCAGCUGAAAUAGAGAAUUUGAGGCAAGAGAAGGUGAGAUUGGCUGAAGAAAAAGAUGGGCUUGAAAUUCAGAGUCACACACUUGCACAAGAAGCUUCAUAUGCAAAAGAGUUGGCAGCUGCUGCAGCUGUUGAACUCCGAAACCUGGCUGAAGAAGUAACCAAGCUUUCCUGUGAGAAUGCAGAACUGAGUGGUGAUCUGGCAGCUGCAAAAGUGGCUUGUUGCAAAUCUAAUUGUUGUCAGAGAUCUGCUUCAUAUGAUGACAAACAAAGUAACAAUAAUACUCAGCAACAAGAUGGUCAAUCCAGAAAGCUAGGGAAUGAUGUUCUAAUCGAGAAGUUGCAGAAGGACCUUAAAGCUGGAUUCCAAAGAGAAGCUGCGUUGGAAGCUGCUCUAUCCGCAAAAGAUCAAAUAGAAGCGGAACUAAGAAGAAGGCUUGAUGAAACAAAACACCAUGAACAAGAUUUGGAAAAUGAGCUGGCUAGUAUGCGAGUGCUGGUUGCAAAGAUGAGAAAGUUUGGCGUUAAUAGUGAGGACAAGUCAACAGUCUAUAAGCCCAAUGAUGUACAAAACAGGGUUAAAAAUGGACUUCGUCCAACUAACGGCAACGCUAACAGAAAAAUAUAUAAAGAGGAUGAAAUAUUCGAAACAACGGAAGAGAUGAUUGCAUUAGAAGAACUCAAGGCUAGUUAUCAAAGAGAAAGAAGAAGAUGCAAAGAACUAGAGAGUGUUAUUUCCAGAUUGAAGGGUGAGGACGUUGCCGGACUGGACGUUGUGGCCCUUGAAGAACUUCAAAACAUUCAUAUUGAGUCAAUAACAAAGAUUUGCCAAGCCAAGUAUGCAAAUCAGGACUUGUAGAAUGUUGUGGCUACUGUACAGUAUACUUUGUAACUCCUACUGAUAAGUAUCAAUCAAUCACCUUCUGGCUGGUAUAUGGAAAGCUACAACGAAGGCGGAUCCUCUAGCUUAAUCCUCGAAUAACUCUGCUGAUGGCAUUUUGGGACUCUACACCAAGUGUUCUCCACCAGGCAUUACUAUUAUUCGUGUGUUGGGUGCUCCAGCUUACAAAUCAUGUAUAGUUGCGUAUGAAGCACAAGCAUUCUAGGAAGGUUGACCAAAACUGAACCUAUGUCUGUAAUACGCUGUACCGUGGACAUGGAGUUAACAUAUGCAGUCCAAUGUUGAACGCAUCAGUUAUCUGUGA